AUACGUUAAAACCAAAAAAUUAUCAGAACCUACAGCAACGUUUCUUGUUCUACAUAUCUUUCCUCCUCUCACUUGCUCCUUCACUGUCACUCCCUAUACUCUUCCACCUCUACAGUUUUUUAGUGGCAGUUAGCCCUACGCAAAUGUAUUAUGGAAGCCACUUAUAUACCGGAAGCUCUUGUUGUCGUAACCCUUCAAGGGAUGGUCGUAGGAUUCUCGUUUGAGAUAUUCUUCAGAUUUCUAUUCGCCAAAAAUGAGCCACGGAGACGAGUACGAAUAUUAAAAUGCUUGAUGGGACUGAGUAUGGGCUUGAAGCUCCUAUUAUUCCUAGCUAUGAAUUGCGCGUUGGGUCUAACGGCAUGUUCAGUGGUCGGAAGAUUGGGUGACUUACUUUACCAUGUAUCCAUGGUAUUUGGUAACGCUGUCCUGCUGGAUAGGGUAGCGACUAUAGUACCUUCACAUCUAACGAAACGGUUCGAAAUUGCACAUUAUAUUAUACUUGCUAUUCGAUCAGCCAUCGGUAUCAUAGAUGCAGCUAUCGUCACCGUUGCUGCAGCUGACAACCUAUCGUGUGUAUAUCAAGAUAAUAUCGCUUGGGGCCCUGUCUAUACAUUUUAUGAUACCUUCACCGACUUUUAUGUGACAUUAUGCAUCACAACCAUUCUGAUAAUGCAUGUCCGUAAGGUUAAGAAUGUUCAUAUGGCCACCAAUAUCAAUUUAUUUAUUGCGAUCGGUGCGACCAACAUCUUGAGGACUAUUGUUCUAAUGAUCUCCAACUUGGCUUCAGCCGUUCUUAUCCUGACCGAAGAACGACAAGCAGUCAUCAUGAUAGCUUGGCCGGUCAUCAAUCUCCUCUUCAUCUUACUGGUUGGCUAUGAUACCGACAUUGCUCGCCUUAUCCGUAAAGCUCAACGGCCACGAUCCCAUCAUAACAAUUCGUCUCGUACAGGACUUACCCCUCAUCCUGACGGAUGCGAGAAUUAUUCGUCGGAUAAAAUGCAUUCAAAUCAGUCAUUACCAGUAGUUUCCCCACAUCCAACUGAAAACAUCUACCAACUACAACCUACCACCCAUGACCCUCUAUCCCGUUCAUCACCAAUUGAUCCCGAGACGGGCCAAAGCUCACCAUCCAUUGUAUGUGAUGAACAAAUGUUCAAAGAUUUACCUGUUUGAAAGACAGCAGUUACCGAAGCCGUCUUUUAUGUACCAUUAAAUGUAGUUUAGACUAUAAUACAAUUAUACAUUCAUGCCUCUAUUCAAAGGGGAUCAUCUAAACAAUAACGAA